GCGGACCAUGUGGAGCAGCAAGAUGGCGGCGCAGUGGAGGGGGAAAGACGGGAAUUUAAAUGCCGGCAACAGCGACUUUCUGGCCAGCAACACUGCCAAUGAGCUGGUCCCGAGUCAACGUGAUGUGGAAGGUGUGGAGAUGGACACACAGUCCUGCGUGGAUCACUCAAUCCUGGCCAUUUUUGAAGACUCCACUGUUACAUCAGAGGAUAAGAGGGAAGCGGAGCAAGAGAGUGAGAACCUGCUGUCUGCCCUGACUGAGAUGCUGGACAGUGUGGGGGAUGAUGACGGGACUCUGUCCCCCUUUGACACCCUGCCAGACACCAAGCUCCUCGUCCACCCGGAGUGCAGGGAAAACUCAGUUGAACUUUCACUUGCUGACAGACUUAGACCAAGAUCCAAAUCUCCAAACAUAACAUUCACAAUUAAAAUUGAUGGAGAAAAGGACAAUGAGAGCAAAAUGGAGAGAAAGAGGCCUCCCCAGCAGUAUAAACAACAAAGCCAAACACUGUUUCACUCCAAAAGUAAGAAAACAGAGGCUGAAGUCGAGGUCUUCACCUCAACGUCUCUCGUCAACCUGGUGAAGAUCAUGCACCCCUACUGUCUGAAGCUGCACGUGGAAGAGGAGGCAGAUAAACUGAGGAGAAAUCACACAUUAUUCUCUCAGGAAGAGGUGUGGAAGUAUGAGACACCCACCGAAGGGAGCGAUGAAGAGAUAAAUGUUGUGUCUGAUGACGAGGCGACUGUGAAAGAGACAAAGAAGAAAGAAGGGGGAGAUAAAGAAAGUGACAGUGGCAAACCCUUGAAGAGUGUGUUGCUGAACAGGAACUCAUCCGGAGAUCCACCAGCCAGAGAGAAGAAAAGGGUGAGCUUUGGCCCCGUUCAAGUGGCUCCCUUUGAUGAAUCAGUGGAAAGGGGAUUGAGCGAGAAAAACCCUACAGGUGGGCUCACACGUGAAAUUGUGUCGGUUCCACUGAACAGCACUAAAGCACUUGAAAAUCCAGCUGGCUCAGCACUUGAACCCCAAACAUCGUCCUCACAAGUGAAUAGUAGCAAAGCCGAGGUCCUGCCUCCUAAAGGUGAGACAAAGGCCAAGUCACUCAGCCUGCAACAGUACAGACAGCUGCGCCAAAGGAGACAGCCCCUGGUGGAGAAACAGGGGAACUACACCACCAAGUGGCCCUCAGUUUCUGAGGCCCCCAAGGAGCUAACCCCCAUCCUCUGUUUACAGGGACAAAGACAAAACAGCUGUGGACCAAAGACAACACAGCCUUGUCCAGAUGGCAGGAGAAGUGGUGCUGAUCAGCCCCAUAUAUCUCAAACUCCUGGUUACAAGACCCAUCGCACUUCUGCUCAGCCCAGGCCUCACCCCUCAGAGGCGAAACCAUCCACUCCUCUACCUCGCAGCGGAUUAAAGCGCCCAAGGACGGAAUCCAAAAUCAUCUCACCUGCUAGUCCGCUGCCAGACGUCACAGAUAACCCAAUCUUGAUUGUGCCUGAAAGCAAAAAAAGUCCAGCGAAGAAACCAACGCUGCUCAGUAGCGAUCCUCCAAAUCCCGUCCUCCUCCCGCUGCCAGUUAGCCAGACAUCAUCGCCAUCCACUGACCCGUCCUCUUCAGUGUCCAAAGUGGAGUUCCUCAACAGAGACUCCAACCUCAACAGCACCAGCCACUUUCAAGAAAUCCAAAAUGAAUCCUCAGGCACAUCUCUUCAACAACAGCCAUCCUCUUUAGGGCCAAAGCCCGAGGUGAACCAGGACUGCACCACCCACUUGCAGGAAAAUAAAUGGAGGUUUACAAAAAUAACUUCAGGUGUGUCCUCUAGAUCUACAGCUUUGUGCUCAAACAUAAUAACAGACAAAUGCAGUACGAACCCGACGAAAGAAACCAAGCUGGAACCAAAGACUCCUCUGUCACCAAGUCCGGAUGCAGUGAGGCAGUGUCCCUCCUCCUCUCCACACUUCAGUCAGCCACCUGCUCCCAUAGACGCUCCCAUACCCGUGAAGGAGACAUCACCAGAGGUUCCUCCCAGGACAUCCCAUCAUGAGGAGCCAUCUCCUCCUCUUCAAUUUGGCUGCACGGUGCAGAGUGCAGCAGCCGACUCAGGAAUUGAAGCUCCUGAUCUGACCAGCCUGCUGGAGCAGUUUGAGGAAACACAAGCCAAAGAGGAGAAGGUGGAGCCCAAACUCGUUAGCGGUACUUCACCUCCAAACCUCCAAACAGAUGGACGCUUGGACAGAAGCGAACCUGGAGGAAAAGGAAGAGCCUCCACGUUACCACUGACGCCCCCCGUGGAACCACUUAAGCCUUUAAGCACUUCAAAAUCACCUGGGACCCCCGAAAACCCCAGGGACUUACCUCAGUUUCAAAGGUCGCAGGGCGUGGACAUCCCAGAGCCCCUCGGCACUGAAAUCAUCCUCAGCACUCAACCAGAUGUGCCAGCAAGACGCAAAAAUCCUCCAUCCAAGGCCAUUCAGAUAAUCGACCCCCGUCCUCUACCAUGCAAGAAGACACACAGUAACUUCCCAGAGUUCCCUGCUGCUCUCACCUCUCCUCACAUGUAUUCAUCUAUAUCCUCUGAUCACGACUACUGCGCACCUGUAGACCGUUCACUUACAAGUGCUACUCAGCGUAGCAGAGCCUCUAAACUCAAGGAUGUUUCUAAAACCACUGAUGAAUUACAGGUGACCACCCAUGACUCAAGUGCCGCUGCUCAAUGCAACCAACAGACCUCCACUGCUGAAGUUAGCCCCCCCAUUAGAGCCGUUAAUAACUCUGUGGCGCACCACCUCUCCGAGGAACCCGGGACCAGAUCAGAGACAAACCCGGCAUCAGACAAAGCUCUGUCAUCACACAACGCUGCCACAGAGCAAGACUGUGGUUGUGCAGCUGAAGACAAGGCGGCGCCGUGCACCCUCCCCACACCUCCACCCAGCCCUCCUAUCAGAGGGAGGCACAAAGGGAGGUAUGGGAGAAGAUCUCCUCGUUCUGACUCCAGCUCCAGCUCCAGCUCUUGUUCCUCCUCAUCGUCGUCGUCCAGCUCUGCAUCUCACUCUCCAAAAAGACCAAAGCGCCGUCACAAGCGGUCAGAGAGCAGUUCAUGUUCGCCGUCCCCCUCUCGCUCCAUUUCCCGCUCCCCACCUCGGCGCAACAGGUGGUCUUAUUCCAGAUCGAGAUGCAGCAGGUCAAGAUCCAGAUCCUGGUCCCACUCAAGGUCCCCAUCCAGAUCUCGAUCACCAUCCCCGAGGUUUUGCCAUAGGCAGUGGAGAGAUGUGUACAGCAGCAGAGAGUCCAGCAGGCUCAGGAGAGAGCAUGAGAUGAGGAUUCAGAAACUUAAAGCCAUAGAUGAGCGCAGGGUGGUGUAUGUCGGCCGGAUCUGCAGGUCUAUGACACACCAUGAACUGAGGGAACGCUUCUCUCAAUUUGGAGAAGUAGAAUGUGUGUCGCUUCACUUUAGAGAAAGAGGUGACCACUACGGCUUUGUCACAUUCUACAACAUGAACGAUGCUUUUGCAGCCAUCGAUAACGGCAGCAAACUACGGAGGCCCGAUGAGCUGCCGUUUGACCUCUGCUUUGGUGGAAGAAGGCAGUUCUGUAAUUCAAACUACGCUGAUCUAGAUGCAAACAGAGAUGCAGAGCCAUCUCCUGCCAAGAGCAGGUUUGAGGACCUUGACUUUGAUCAGCUGCUGAAACAGGCCCAGAGAGGAUUAAAGAGGUAGCAGAGCUGUGUGAGAGGACCAGAACACUGAGCUGGACGUGGCAGAGAUGAAAACAACCUCAGAGCCUUAUGCUCACAUUUAUGUAGCAAACUUUUGUAUGUUAGUCUUUUUUGCAUGUUUUGACUCCAGUUUGAGGUCCAGUGUGUAAGAUGUAGGUGCAUCUCUUGGCAUAAAAGGAAUAUAAUAUUCAAAAGUAUGUUUUCGUUAGUGAAUAAUCCUGGAAAUAGGAAUCAUGUUUUCGUUACCUUAGAAUAAGCCUAUAUAGCUACAGAGGGAGCGGCUCCUCCUCUGUCCACGGAGACCAAACAGUGGCUAAAGAGAGUUUGUCACAUUCUUUGUAGCCACUGUAGGUUCUCCUACACGCUUGGAAAGGAAGGGUGAGGCUGUAUUUUAUUUUGUGUUAAUGUGCUUUUUGUCUUAAUGUAAUCAUAUAUAAGUAAAGUUUUGUUAAAAAGCAAGGGGGUGUUCAGUUGGUUGCAGUGUGCAACCUCACCACUAGAUGUCAUUAAAUUCUACACACUGGUCCUUCAGUAUGCAUGCAGUUUUUGAUGUGUACAGUUAAUACGUAUGAGUUUGUAGCACUUAAUUUGACAACAUGUUUUAGUAAAACCCACUGAAGAUUUUUGUUGCAUUCCAUAACACCGAUAAAGUUUUAUAAAUUUGUAUAUAAAAAAUAAA